UCUUGGCAAGGUUUCAGUAGUUCGACACGGGCGUGAUUAGUGGUGUUGAUUGUGGAUAAAAAAAAAAACGUUGGCCGUGUAAAAUGCGCACUCUAUCGCUAGUGGCUCUGGGGCUGGUUUGCCUUAUGGCAACGGUCGGUGGUUACGAGACGGAGUACGAAGAUGAUGUAAAUCGUAAUACCGCCAUGUCGGCGAACAUGAACAACUACAUCGACGUGGUGAUGAUCCAGGUCGGACCGUGGAUGAACCAACAUCUCGUCCCCAUGGCGCUGCUCGAUGUGGUCGAAGGAUUUGAGCAUCGCCCCAUUCUGAUUACGUACCACGGUGAGCUGGCUCUCACGAACGGAGUUUUCCACACCAUCCACAGCGUGGGCCGGAAUGGAAAUGCGAUGAUGCAUUACGACCGCCAGUUGCUGCGUGUGUCCGUCGGUGCCAACAUUCGGCAGCUGGGUUUCACCUACGACUACUCCGCACACAUCAUGGAUCUGGGCCCGACCGGCUUCGUUGACGUCGAUGUAGCGACGAUGACUUUCACCAGCGAGUUCAUCAUCGACCUGACGGAUUUCUACAUCUGGAUGCAGGACUUCCGCCUAACGAACAUGGGCAACCUGAACAUUCGGUUCCGCGGCAACGUGCUGGUCGAUUGGUUGACCAACAUUUUCGUCAACAUCAUCACGACCGUUUUCCGCAACACGAUCACCACCGUGGUGUCGAACGGUGUGCACGACUUCAUUCAGGCCACCCUGGAUGACAUGAACGGACGGCUGCGUGGACGUGCCCUGAGCGAACAGGAAGCGGCAGUGUUGAUUGAAAAUUUGAAGAAAAUUCUUACCCACUAAGCAUGGGCCUAGAGGGCUGGUGGCAGGCCCACUGCAGGCACGGUUGACGAUGGCCAUGGACGCUUUACGUUUGUGGUGAAGUAGUUCAGCUUUGCGUUAUGGAUUUGUUAAGAUGUUAUGAAAGUUGAAGUUAAAUAAAAGAGUUGCAGUUGUUGUGUUGUUUCCCAUAAAGCUUA